AUGUCGAAUGUUGAUAUGGAUUCUUCUCCAACUCAUGAACAAGACAAAGUCAACCAUCAACUAAUGGAUGAAGAAAUAUCUUCAGAUGAAGAUGUACAAACACCGGGUUCGGGAAAAAGGAACGAGAGAGAAGAAGAUGAUGGUUCUAGGUCAAAGAAAAAGACGAGGUCUGAUGUCUGGAACCAUUACAGCAGGCUGCCAACCAACUACAACAGAUGCAAAUGCCGCUAUUGUAAGAAAGAGUUUAGCUGUCCAACCAAGUCUGGGACCUCUAAUCUGAGGAAGCACAAGAGCGGUUGUAGGGCAUACAUGGCGUGGAAGGCUGCAAAUAAGUCCAGAGACCAGUCACAGAUAAAUGUCGAUGAAGAAGGUAACGUGAGUCUGUCUAAGGUGUCUGAGGAAGUGUUCAAAGAAGCUACCAAUGAGAUGAUAGUCUUAGGCGAGUUGCCGUUAUCCUUUGUGGAGAGCUUAGCGUGGAAAAACUUUUGCAAGAAAGCCCAGAUGGAUCCGCCGGUAUGUAGGAAGACUUGCACAAAGGAGAUUGCGGCAAUGUAUAUGGCGAGGAAAGCAGAGAUGAAGAAGGUGCUCGGACAGAACAAGCAAAGACUCUCUCUCACAACCGAUAUUUGGACUGCUCCCUACACUGCGGUUAGUUACAUGGUGAUUACUGCUCACUUCAUUGAUUCAAGUUGGAAGCUUAGAAAGAUGAUAAUUGGGUUCAAGAAUGUUGACGAUCAUAAAGGGUCUACCAUUGCAAGAGUCCUGAUAGAUUGUUUAGCAGAGUGGGAUAUAAAACGAGUCUUCUGCAUCACAGUUGACAAUGCCACAGCUAACACGUCGGCCUUGAAGAAGUUCAAGGAAGAAUUCAUGAAACAUGGUGAAGAUGCGCUGGUUCUAAAGGGUGAGUUCUUGCAUGUUAGGUGUGCAACACAUAUUCUGAAUCUGAUUGUGAAGGAAGGGUUAACCGAGGUGGAUGAUAGCUUGACUGCCAUUCGGAAUGGGGUUCAGUAUGUGAGGUCUUCAACCAAUAGACUCAAGUCUUUCGAAUUUCGGGUUGAUAGUGGAAAGAUGACUAGAGGAAGCCUUCCAUUAGACGUCAAGACGAGAUGGAACUCGACCUAUCUCAUGCUAGACCAAGCGAUCAAAUUCAGAGCAGCAUUUGAGAAGAUGGAGGCUGAAGACAAACCGUACAAUGACUACUUCUUGGAGCUUGAAAAUGGAAAAAAGAGGAUUGGGCCAGCGACUAGAACAGAUUGGGAAGAAGCUGAGAGGUUGGUGCACUUUCUUGUCAUCUUUUACAAUUCAACUCUGAUGCUCUCGGCUACAAAGGGCAUUACGUCGCACAAGAUCUACAAUGAGAUUGUCACGAUCACUAGGAAUGUCAGCAAGAUAAGCUCUGCGCCUGGUCCUGAUGAAACACUGCGGGUCAAUGCUUUGACGAUGAUGGGGAAAAUAAGGAAGUACUGGAAUCCAUUUACGGAAGAAUCUGAGUCUGAGAGCAGUAAGUCUAAGAGCUGUAAGAUGAACAAGCUUUUGAUUGUUGCUACUGUCUUUGAUCCAAGAAAGAAGAUGAAUUUUGCUAACCUCUGCUUUGAGAAGCUCUAUGGAAAAGAAAGCAUCGAGUAUACUCUGCUUUCUGACUCAAUUAUGGAGAUCAUGAAGCGCUUAUAUGAAGAGUACACUCUUGGAUACAGCACAAGUGGUGGAGGAUCAGGUGGUUCACAGUCGCAAGGAGGAUCGUCUUCUCAAACCCAAACUCAAGACAGUGGUGCUGGUGCAAAUGGAUAA